CAUACAUAUUCACCCACUACAGUAAACAAGUUAGUUAAGCUAUAGUGUUCACGAAUUUUGCGAAAUUUCCAACUUUUCUAAUCGCAAACUCACUCCAACAGUCACGUAGCCUCAGGGCUGUAACCAAUUAUGGCACCCCUACCCGACCCGACAGUCGAUCUCGACUGGUCGGGCUAUGCGGGUUCAAUUCAUGAACGCUUCCGUGCCCAGGCUGAGAAGCACCCUGAUAGAACUUGUGUCUUGGAGACCAAGUCGUCUACCCAUCCCGAGAGAUGCUUUACCUAUCGUCAAAUAUACGAGGCCUCUAACACCCUCGCCUGGUAUCUUCAUAAAGCCGGUAUUGCAAAUGGAGACGUGGUGAUGAUCUGGGCGCAUCGUUCCGUCGACCUGGUUAUUGCCUUUAUGGGUACUCUGGCGUCCGGCGCCACCAUGACUGUCCUGGAUCCUGCAUAUCCUCCGGCUAGGCAGAAGAUCUACCUUGAGGUAUCUCAGCCACGUGCUUUGAUCAAGAUUGGCCGUGCAACCGAUGAGAAUGGCCCUCUAGCAGACUUAGUCCAAGACUAUAUCGACCAAGAACUUGAACUAAAGGCUCAAGUUCCCGAACUACGCCUCAUUGAUGACGGCAGCCUCUUCGGAGGCCAGGUAGACAGCCAAGACAUCUUCAGCGAUGUCAGGGGCCUUGCAUCAUCGCCACCUAAUGUGGUAGUUGGGCCCGAUUCAAACCCUACCUUGUCCUUCACGUCCGGAAGCGAAGGGCGACCGAAAGGAGUCCUUGGUCGCCAUUUCAGUCUGACCAAAUAUUUUGAUUGGAUGGCCGAGCGCUUCCACCUGUCAUCUGAUAGCAGAUAUACUCUCCUCUCCGGUCUCGCGCACGACCCCGUACAGAGAGACAUCUUCACGCCACUCUACCUCGGCGCCCAACUUCUUGUCCCAUCUAAAGAGGAUAUUCAACACGAGAAACUAGCCGAGUGGAUGCGUGAAAUGAAGCCUACCGUAACCCAUCUUACCCCUGCCAUGGGUCAGAUCUUAGUGGGCGGUGCCACAGCCGAGUUUCCAAGCCUAGAGCACGUCUUUUUCGUUGGUGACGUGUUGACGACCAAGCAGUGUCGCUCUCUCAGGCAGCUUGCCGUGAACGCGAACAUUAUCAACAUGUAUGGAACAACAGAAACUCAGCGAUCUGUCAGUUACUAUGAAGUCCCGAGCCGGGCAAGGGAUCCCGAAUUCCUAGACAACCUUAAGGACACAGUCCCAGCUGGACAGGGAAUGCAAAACGUUCAACUUCUAGUCGUUAAUAGGGAAAACCGAGCCCGACUUUGUCAGGUAGGCGAAGUAGGGGAGAUCUUUGUUCGGGCUGCCGGCCUUGCUGAGGGUUAUUUAGGUGACGAGGCCUUAAACAAACAGAAGUUCUUAACGAACUGGUUCGUCGAUAAUGAUAAAUGGGUCGAGGCUGACAAUAAAACGAUCAAGGGUGAGCUUUGGAGACAAUACUACAAGGGACCACGAGAUCGGCUUUACCGUACAGGCGACUUAGGACGUUACCUAGAAUCUGGAGAUGUCGAAUGUACUGGCCGUGCUGAUGACCAGGUCAAAAUUCGCGGAUUUCGGAUCGAGCUCAACGAUAUCGACAGCAAUCUUAGCCAGAAUCCAUUGAUCCGCGAUUGCAAGACCCUCGUAAGAAGAGACCGCAAUGAGGAACCGACGUUGGUAAGUUACCUGGUCCCCGAAGCAGCCGAGUGGCGACGUUGGCUUUCUGCUCGGGAGUUGGAUGAAGUAGAAGAUGAGGGCGUUGAAAUGGGUCCCACUCGUGUUUUCCUCAAGAAGUACCGAAGUAUGCAAACCGAGGUACGAGAUCACUUGAAGUCUCGAUUACCUACGCACUCGGUGCCGAGCAUCUACAUCGUUCUGGAUAAGCUCCCUCUAAACCCCAAUGGCAAAGUUGAUAAGCCGAAUCUUCCGUUCCCGGACGUUACUGAGAUUGUCGAAGAUGCCUCAGAGGAAGAUUUAAGAAGUUGGCAAUCGUUAACUUCCACUGAGCAAGCAGUGGCUCAGAAAUGGGCUGAUCUUAUCCGAGGAGUCAACCCAAAAACUGUUCGACGAGAUAACAACUUCUUUGAUCUGGGUGGACACAGCCUAUUAGCCCAGCAAUUUCUCUUAGAGAUCCGUAAAGGCCUGGGCGCGGAUGUUUCUAUCAACAGCUUUUAUGAGCAUCCCGAUUUAGCUAGCUUCAGCUCCCACGUUGAGAAGAGGAUCCGAGAGGCUGGCACUGCCGACAGCGGCACUACCGAGGUACAGGAGGGCGAUCCAGCCUAUACCAAGUCUCUGGACGAGUUAUCGAGCCAGCUACCCGGCAGAUAUCAAACCGCCGAUCUCGAGGCAAUUGGUACUCCCGGACGCUCGACGAUAUUCCUAACAGGAGCAACCGGAUUUUUAGGAUCAUAUCUCGUGAAGGAUAUCCUUGACCGGUCAUCUCGUGAUAUCAGAUUGAUCGCACAUGUCCGUGGUGCCAAAGACUCGAACGCAGCGCUCCAACGACUUCGCCGUUCUCUGCAAGGCUAUGGCUUGUGGAAUGAUGAGUGGCUACCAAGGUUGAGCGCCGUCGUGGGAGACCUAUCCAAACCCCAGCUCGGCGUUGAUGAUGCGACUUGGCAGGGACUAGCCCAUGAAGUCGACGUGGUGAUACAUAAUGGAGCUACUGUACACUGGAUUCGUAAGUACCAGGACAUGAUGGCAUCCAAUGUGCUGUCGACCAUCGACGCGAUGAAGCUCUGUAACGAGGGGAAGGCGAAGGUCUUUUGUUUCGUAAGCUCGACAAGCGUCCUCGACACAGAUUACUACAUCAACCUGUCAGAAGAGCAGACUAGGACGGGACAGGGCGCCGUGAUGGAGAGUGAUAGCAUGGAUGGCAGCCGGACCGGACUUGGUACGGGGUACGGACAGACCAAGUGGGUAUCAGAGCAACUUGUUCGGGAGGCUGGACGACGGGGUCUCCAGGGCUCGGUCGUUCGGCCAGGGUACGUGUUAGGCGAUUCUCAGACCGGUGUCUGCAACGUGGACGAUUUUCUGAUCCGAAUGCUGAAAGGGUGCAUACAGCUGUCAGCACGCCCCCGCAUUAUCAAUACCGUCAACGCUGUUCCCGUGAACCACGUCGCGCGAGUGGUCGUUGCCGCCGCCCUGAACCCCCUUCAAGGCGGAGUAAACGUAAUCCAUGUUACUGCUCACCCGCGCCUCCGCAUGAAUGAGUAUCUAUCGAUACUAGAGUACUACGGUUACAAGGCCCCAGAGGUCAGUUAUGACUCCUGGAAAGAGGAGUUGGAGAGAUUCGUGUCGGCUGGUGCUCUCGAGAAGGAUCAAGAGCAGCAUGCACUAAUGCCACUAGCGCAUUUCUGUAUGAAUGACUUGCCAGCAACUACCCGUGCCCCAGAGCUAGAUGAUAGAAAUGCGGUCUCGGUGCUAAAGGCGGAUGCGGACAAGUGGACUGGAAUAGACGAGAGCUCUGGCUACGGAAUUACCAGGGAAGAUGUCGGCAGAUAUCUCCGAUAUCUUGCUGAGACCAAGUUCAUCAACCGGCCGACUGAGAAAGGGAGGCAGCUGCCAGAUAUCAGAGCGGAUAUAGUGCAAGCACAAGCAGUAGGGGGCACGGGAGGUCGUGGCGGCGCCCCUUAGCACGGGGCGUUCUAUACCCUUACACCCCAGCCCUACGCUGCCUAUAGUAUGUAGGACAGGCGUUAUAUAAAUCUUCGGUUGGGAAAAUGGUGAAUACGCGGAAAAGUUACUUGACUUAACUACAUUGAUCCUGCUAGAGGCAACGAGGUCAAUGUCCCUACGGGAAUAUUGAAAUGUAACUUUCCCUUGAAGGUUAACUUGGUGAUAUCCUGGGAAAUUUUACACGUCGCUAGACCAAGCUCCGAGAGAAGAGGAUAGGUGUGUUUUUUUUCCUACGAGGUAAUAGUUCAUUGUAUUACUACAUUAAUCAGAG